AUGCAGGAAGAGGAGGAUGUGGGCGAGGAGUUUGGUGAGAGGCACACGCCAUUCAUCAGCCAGCCUGACUACAGAAUAUAUGAUCUCAACAAAAGGUUACAACAGAGAACAGAGGAAAGUGAUAAUCUCUGGUGGGAUGCCUUUGCCACAGAGUUCUUUGAAGACGAUGCAACUCUAACCCUCUGCUUCUGCCUUGAAGAUGGUCCAAAGAGAUAUACUAUUGGACGGACACUUAUUCCGCGUUAUUUUAGAACGGUAUUUGAGGGCGGUGUGACGGACCUUUACUAUUUACUUAAACAUCCCAAGGAGUCAUUCCACAAUACGACCAUUACGUUAGACUGCGAACAGACGACGAUGGUCACGCAUCACGGCAAACCAAUGUUCACAAAGGUUUGUACAGAAGGCCGUUUGGUAGUUGAGUUCACAUUUGACGAUCUUAUGCGGAUCAGAUCAUGGUACUUCGACAUUCGGCAGCAUAGAGAACUCAUUCCAAGAAGCGUCAUAAAUAUUCAGGACCCUACGAUGUUGGAACAGCUUUCCAAGAACAUCACCCGACAGGGUCUCACUAGCUGUACUCUAAACUACCUCAGGCUGUGUGUGAUUCUGGAACCGAUGCAGGAGCUGAUGUCCCGACACAAGGUCUACAGCCUCAGCCCGCGAGACUGUCUCAAGGCCACGCUGUUCCAGAAAUGGCAACGUAUAGUCACACCUCCCGAUACCAACAGGCCGACGCAAAAGCGGCGCAAGAGGAAAUCAUCGCAGUCAGCGCUCUCUACAACGGGAGGGAACAAUAUGGGUAUGAACAAUGUCGGUGGGGGAAACAGUAAGAAAAAAUCACCCGGAAGCUUCAGUUCUGAUGGCAUGCCAACGAGAAAUGGUCCAGGUGGGAGGAGUAAGAAACGGAGCCGGUCCGGCACCCCUCAGCCGGUACCCAUCCCUCCCUGGAUACAUGAUUCUAUUUCAGAGUAUGAUACUAGCGGUCAUCUUAACAUACAGGAUGUUAUGGUAGUUGGAGAACCAUCGCUUAUGGGCGGUGAGUUUGGCGACGAGGACGAGCGGCUGAUCACGAGACUAGAAAACCAGCAAGCCGACGCAAACAACGGCAUGGACAACGACGAGGACUUUGCAGGGGGUGAAUCGGGGGGCACCGGUCCCGGUCCAGGCGGUCCAAAGACCAACAAUUCAUCGUCGGGUCCUGGCCAAGGGUCGUGGAAUUCAACGGACACCAAGCCCCCACCUGGUACCAACCCUCCACAAGACGAGAAACAAGUAGCUGCAUCACAGAACUGAAAGGACGCCACCAGCAUUGCUCCACAGGAAAAAAAAACACAAACUGACAAAAGCAGUUGUCUUGCUCAUUGCCAUAGGAAUGAAUUUUGUGACGACAAACUGGAAUGACUAUAUUUUUUUCCAGUGGACUAACUUUACCCUCGAGUUUUGUAUUUAUAUCCAGUUGGGGGAAUUUUUUUGAUGGCCACUUUUUUUUUUUACUCUGUUUUGUUGUAUAUACAUGACUAUGUUUACAGCAGUGGUAUUAUAUGGUUAUUGCGCUAGUCAUAUUAUUUCAAAGAUUGAGUUAUUGUCCAAAUUGAGUUAACUGACCACACUACGUUUGGGAAAGAAAGGCGAGUCUUUCUCAAUAUUGUGCACCACCUGUGAGACUAGAGGUAUUCAGAAGUACUAAAACCACAAAAAAACCUUUACAGAAUCAUCAGGACAGUUAUAUAUCGUAUUCACAGUAGCUACUACCAUUCGAUUUAUAGGUAUGCAUAUAGGUGUGUUAGGAUAGAAUAAACUAUACUUAGUUUCCAUGCUUCAUCAUCCCGAGAUCAUGAAUACCACUGCUGUAGCAUUCUAUGUUUAACGUGUUUCAUAGUUUUGUAUAUUGUACAUAUGACAAAUUACAAAAGAAUGACGGAAGCCGAGACUUGGUGUCCCCACAAUGUCAUUUUAGGCAUUAUAAGGGGUAUGCCAUUAUUAUCUUCACCUAUUAGUAUGAUUCUUUAGCUUUCACUUGUGACAUCAGUAGAUUAUUUAUGUCACUAUUUCAUUUACGCUCUCUCCUCCCCCACCCUCUCUAGUUUGCUUGGUCAUCAAUAAGAAGAUGAACUUCAUUUGUCCUUGUCAAGUUCAUCUUAUCGUAGAAAGUAUGAAUUAUGUCUGAACC